AUGGAGGAGGGACAGACACCAGAGAUAUCGGAUGUGCCUGUCGCCCAAAGCAAACGACGAUCACCUCACGAUGAUUCCAGUGACGGGGAUAAGUCUCCGAUGACUCGACCUCGACAACGCAGUGAAGCUGAAAAGCGCAAUGAGGUUGAAAAACAACGGAAACGCCAACACGACACGACGGAACGGGAUACUCGCAGCAACAAUCGCUUUUUGCGUGCGCUCUCAGGUCAGACAGCGAGUCCAAACAAAGCCAUCUCUCCAGGAAAGGAGACCAACGACGAUGAUAGCGACGGCGAUGCCGACACGAUUACGAGAUUGUUAACGAAGGACCCCGCUACACCAAGUGCGAAGUCUAUUGAAGAGAUCAUUGUGAGACCAGCAACGUCGUACUCAAACUGGCUUCAAGCAUCUUUACCUGCAACUCAGAGAUUAUCCGAACACUUGAAACAACAAGAAGCUGCAGGGUUGUUUGUUGAUGAGGAGAGAGAACAGUAUGGACGUUUGGAACACAGUACGCUAAAUCGUCUGGAAGAACGUCUCUACAGGGAGCUAUCUGCAGCAGCAGCACAACAGAAGACAACGGGGAAGGGUACGUUGGAGCUACAGCAAAGCAGAGAACUACUGAUAGAGGAUCUACUACUACCAGAUCCGCAACAUGAACUCUCAAUAUCAGACAGUUCGCUAGCUACUGACGAUGUGGUUACCAUGACCACAGCACAAUCGGUAAACGACUCAAGAAAAAGUCACGACAGCCAGAAGAAGACUGCUAUGCUUGAACUUUUUGUCGACCGGAUUGUGCUGGAUGACCACCCCACGUUUGCAUUAGCUGACCGACUUGCUGCUCAACUGCGAGCUCUGUACACAGCGUACGGUAGAAUGCAACAGCUGCAACCGUGGCAGCUCUCGCUGCAGCGUCUUGAUAAUUUCUUCUUCCGUAGCACUGACCAGCUAACACAAUCAACAACACCAAGCAUUCUGGCAGCAAUGCAUCUGUCGACGAACCAAGUGAUCCAGGAAGUGAAUCAAUUGCUAACAGAUUUGGAAGCUCUAAAUCAACUUCAUCAGCAGAUUGUAGGCAAGGCGAAUGAAAUGCGGGAUGCAGGGAAUCGCUCUGGCUCCGCGGUUUCUCUUAAUAUCAAGCAACGACAGCGCAAACAUCCCAUCGAUUUAUCUCGCGUGGACGCCAUUUUAGAACUUCUGGAAUCCGAUACUGACAAUCAGAAAGAUGAUGACAAAUUACAACUGGUGAUUAAGAAAAUUUCUGAACGCUUGUCUACAAUUUCCACUACAUCAGCUCAAGUUUUGCAGACUGUUUUACAGUUCGAAAGUAUCAGAGAUGGUCAGCCAAGCUAUAAUUCUUUUUGGAGCCCUCGAUUCUACGUGGUGAUCCGCGUGAAUGGAAAAAUUGCUUGCACUACUAAAAUUCAAUCGUGGUCACGCGGUGAAGCUCGUUUUUCAGAAAAGUUGUGCUUCACACUACCGUUCUUUCCAUGGUCAAUUUGUGCUGAAGUGUACGAACGCCGAAGACUUUUGCGUGACGAGCUCCUGUCGACGAAUGCAGUUCCUGUGGUUGUUCCAGGACAGAAUGUUGCUAAGCCUGCUCCAUCUCGAUCGCGCUCGUCGGUUUCCAGUAAAUGGGGGGAUAAUGCUGCAGAUCACUUGGUACCUGCAGCUAGUCUCACACCUAGUGACGAAUGGUACCAAUUCAGUAGCACGAGACCGAUCGCACGGACGCAAUGGCAUCGUUCGUUCCACAACGCCCCACUGUUCGCUCAUACAAGUCGCCGCACACAUGGCCGUCUUCACCUUCGAGUUGCUUGGGUUUCAGACAUUGGUAUGCAAAGUUCGCAGAUCUUUCACCCUAAUUCGGAUGAUACUGUUUAUCUCCCCCCAAAACGCCCUGAGACUGCUGGUGGACGCGAAGCCUCUUCUUCUCCCGUUCAACUCAUCGGAAAGCCCCCAAAGCGCAGCUCACUUCAGUUAUCUCAGUAUCUAUGUGACUCGGGUUUCAGUAGUGAGCGAGAUUUUCUUCGACUGGUUGAGCCUCAAGAGCUCUCUCUUGACCCGAACGACCCUGAAAAUGUAGCAGUGCGGCGUCUGCAGGUUUACUACACUCAACAGCAGCAAGAAGCGCUGGCCGUAGGUCUCGGCCGACGUAAAGUGUUUCGAACGAGCGAUGUGCCUGAUCCCUUGGCUGGAAGCGGUCGUGGACUUACAAAACGCAAUCGACUUCUACAGCUUCGUGAUCGGGAGUACGCUUCUCGACAUGGUACCAGUUUUUGCGAAGCAAUUACAAGUCACGAGAGUGGAAAAGUAGAGCCAUUGCGGUGGAUUCCUCAGCACGCAGUAUUUGAUGAACCAUUGCCGCUGCUGGAGCACGAAUUGGUUGCUGAUGAACGACUGCUUCGACUUUUACGACCAGAGUUAACUGCGUUCGAUCGUCGUCUGCUGUGCGAAGAAGCUGAACGAGCUGAUGCGUCUAUCGUAGAACGGCAUCGAGUACGACAACUCCUGAAGCUUCAGGAUUUCCGUGAACGCGUACGUCAAACACAAAUUGUGAGUAAAUACAACACAGAUAGUAGCAAUCAGGAAGCACGAACUGGUCGCUCGAAGCCUCUGGCGGCUAUUGUCCAGGAGAAACCGUUGCCAUUGUUUCCGGGGACGCUGGAAUUCCCAUCAACUGGAGCAUUAUUCGCCCCACGAAGACGACUUCGCCCCCGUGCUAAAGUAUCAACAACAGCGUCAUCGUCACAGACUGCGGCACAUUGGCCUACUUCCUGUACGUUGUACGUACAAGUGCAAAAGGCAACGAAUGUGCCGGUGAGGAUUAAACCCGCACGUGACGCGGCUGAAGCAGAAGAAAUCGCAACAACAGGAAGACGACGGCGUGACACGUUGCAACGGACGAAGAAGAGUCCGAGAAUGAUGGCCAUGCCACCUUCAAGUGACAAUCAAAGGGAAGAGGUGGUGGAAACCCCUCGCGGAGGCGUGACUUUGGACUACGAAAGCCACGUAUUCGUGCAGGUUAGCUUCCAGGGGAAAACUCGACAAACUACUUGUGCCACUAUCAUGGGAGCUGUAGGUAAAAAUGACAGCAGCGUCGGAGCACACCCGAUGUGGAUGGAGACUCUAGCGUUACCUUUUCGCCCUCCUCAAGAUGACUGGAGUCCUGACGGUAUCGAGAGUACACAAGACGUCAUCUUCUUUAGUCUCUUUGAUCAAGUUACUCGUCCGGCGGCAACGACAGUUGAUGAGGACCGACAAGAAGGAGAGGAGCGUCUUGGCGCUCAAACACGGGCUUUACAUCGGGAAAACUGUUUCUUAGGAAGCCUUGAGGUGCCGUUCUUGACACUAUACCGAGCAGGUCGUCUUGAAGGCUCACUACGCUGCCAGAUGCCAGUUGAGCACUUGGGCUAUGCCAAUCUCGAAGUCGGUGCGAUCCACAGAACCACAUCAAGUGUAGCAAAAAUGUCGUCAGGUCCGACUUCAGUUGCUUCUUCGGACGGCGAGGAAGGUUCACCUCGACAGCGUCGUGCACGAAGUCUCACACGUAGCAGCUCAAUACGAAAGCGAUCAUCAACGAGUCCUAGAACGGCACGAAGUCUGGAAGCUAGUGGUAUUGACGAUGAUGAUGAUGGCACUGAGGGACUGGAUGUGAAGCAAGCAGCACGCGAAUCCACUUACUUGAAACUCACGUUGCUAUUGGACCCAGUUCUUCCCGUAAGCAGCCAGAGUUCUGAUCGCAAUGAAAGCAAACCUUGGACUUCUACAGGAAGCGCGCAAGAUAAACUGCUCCUUGUUCACGCGCAGCGCUGGGCUACUAGUGUGAAGAAUGCUGCACCAGCUAGCGCAGCACGUCGUCGGAACUACAACGCUUUUGUUCGUAACCUCAGCCAUGGAGCCACUUUCCUGCCUCGAUUCCUGCGAGCCCAAUCACCCCCUGUGGAGCUUCAAUCCGCAUCUUUGCCAACUUUGGUGCGCUACGUGAGCUUGAUACCGUUUUUGGAUGACUGGCUAGCAUUUGAUGGAGAUAAAGACGUCUGGAGCACCACACAGGAAUUCCUGAACAUGGGUGCAGGGGAUCACGAGGAACAUGCGGUGCUACUGGCCAACUAUUUCAUGUGGUAUGAACGUCGUCACCAGCGAAAAAAUGGCGAACAAAAAUCUUCGAAAACGUAUCUUGUUCUUGGACACGCCGUACCAGAAGGUAAUAUUGUCUACGUCCUCCAUUGCGGAGUUCUUUGGAAUGCCAGCACUGGAGUUGGAUACGCUGUUACAGAUCCUCAUUGUCCUCUUCGCGAUGUAUCACUUGUUGUAUCGAGUAAAAAUGUCUUUGCGAAUGUACAACCACUGAUGUUUGGGCCAGGUGUGGUAGCUGGCAGCAUCCACGAGAUCAGCUGGGAUAUCGAGAGCAACACAAAGUGCUGGAAACCUUUCUUCACUGAGAAGAAUAUCUCCUUGCCGCCUAGUGUCCAGCGUCGAGAGCUUAUGUACAGUCAGACACCACAUGAAUUUGUGUACCAAGUCGAAAGAGAGUUGCGGGAGGCACUGAAACUGGCCGUUAGACGCUGGAGAAGUUCGCAUUUCGCCACCAACUUCAACGAAGCUGCAGGUCUACAACUGCGAGACCACUUGAUGGUGCUAGAGCGCGAAGCAAACGGUCAAAGCAGCAGUCAAGAUACGUCAACAACGUCAUCGACUGCUGAUGACAAUCUCAGCCCACGAUCGACUCAGAGGAUUAAACAGAAGAUCAAGAUGAAACUUGCUUUGCCCAUGCGGAGAGCUCAUCCUGGGGGCAGUGUACUACGCGAGUUGCAGCGUUCACGAGAAGUCUGCGGACUGCCGCUCCACGUGUCUUUCACUGACAUUCCACGGGUGCUUGAACUCGUCGAGAACACGAAUAUUUACUACAACGAACGACCGGGUGUUGAGUUUGCACUAGCCGUGUAUGCUUGCGGACAUCCCAACUGCGUGUUAUCGGUGUGGGUAUAUCUUGCAGCACUCGUGCCACUUUAGCGAGUGCAGGG